CGUAUUCAUUACAAGUCUUACAAAGUCAAGUCUCGGCUAUCCUUAAAAGUACCUGAAGUUGUGAGGUUAUUGAAAACACGUUCUCAGUCAACCUUGUGUAUGUUAUAGAUAUAGUAUUGCAAACUGCAUGUUUAAUUUGAUAUCUUAGAAGAUGUCGUGUUAUUCUGCAUGUCGUACUCUGGCAUCAGCGAGGCUUUUCAGGCUUUUCUUGUCGCGAAAUGGAAUUGCUUCCAGCAUCGUUUGGACUAACAAGUGCCCAGCUGUCUCAGCAACACUGGCUCGCGGUCUGCAUUCGUCAUCUGCAAUGCUUAAAUCAACAGGAGAAGGUUUUCACAAGCCUUCAGGUUUGGACAAAAAGAUCCUUGUUUGGACUAAGAUGUAUAAAGCGGAUACUCAGAUUCCCGAAGAAGUCACGCAGACACAGAUGAAGAAGGCAAAGGAUGUGUUUCGCAUCCGAGUGAAUUUAAUUAUGAUAGGCAUUACAGUGCUCUUGUGCAUUGUUUAUAUUUAUUCAGGUCGGAAAGCAGCUGAACGAGGUGAGAGCGUGGUACGACAGAACAGACUGUGGCACAGCGAGAAUCAAAGAAAGGCUGAUUAAGCUGUUGAUUGGCAUUGUUUCUUAUUGUCACAAAUAGUAUUGUCAGCUGAACGUUUUGUUUAAAGUCUAAUACUUAAAUUUUAUGGUUGUCAUGGACUUCUGUAGUUUGAUGAUGCAAGAGGGUUCCUAUUAGUGUAGGAUUAUUGCUGUUUUAGAGGUUAGGGACUUAAUCAAAUAAUUGCUGCAGAUGUGUCGGAGAAGUUUCCAGAAAAAUUUAGUGCCAUGAUAAACUUUCCUUUUAAUACAAGUUUUAUUUACUCUGGUUAUUUUGAACGUUACUUUGGAGUUGUUUUUUUUGGGUGGGGAUGGUUGUUGUUUUGGGUUUUGUACAUGUGUAUAUUUCUGCAUAUGGGUUCUCUUUGUCUUAUUUUGCACUUCCCAGUAUUUGACCAGGUUUUUUUGUACUUCACACUACCAGGCUAAGCAUACAAAACAAAGUAGAAGUUGAUUGGAGGAAGGCUCUUGAAAAACUUGGUACACUCUUUUUUUACAACAUACAAACAACACACAUGCAUGUUGACCCUGAAUGAGUUCAAACUGCAGAGGGAAAAUUGUUACUAAAAGAUGUGGAACAAGAAAGCUUUUUAAGCCCAUUUGAAGCAUGUAACUGACUGAAUGGAGAAUGGUAGCUCAUUCUAUAGCAGAACUUAUGAAAGUGAAAGCAGAGCUAUUAUUAUGACAGAUUACCUGUUCCUGAUCCCUGCAAGAAAAGAAUAGCCCCACAGAUCUGAAGGACUUUUUUUUUAAAGUUUCCAUUGUGCAAUCUGAUGACUGAAGAAGUCUUCUCCUAUAAGCCCUGGUACUUCAAGGCCAGAUAAAAAGUAUUGCCUUAGCAUGUGAAACAUUGCAUGUAGAAAAAUAUGAUGGAAAAGACACACCAAUGCUUCAGCUGUGCUAGUCUUUGUAUGGAUUUACAAGUAGAGCCACAGCCCAUUGAACUUUCUAAAAUGUUCCUCUGUUGACAAGGUUGGACUUAGCACCCAAUUUAAUUGGGGAAGCAUCAGCCGUUUUAAUGCUUUAUUUCCCUUAAUUGUCUUGUGUUUAUUAUCCUGAUUGAUGCAGAACAAAGUAAUGUGUUAUAUAUUAUACAAAUGAGCAGCACUUUGGUUGUAUCUUUAUACAUGUACCACCUGUAACAUGGUCCUACCUUACAUUUGAACCAAAUAAUGGUUAGUAAAGCAAUGGGAUUAUGUUUUUAUCAUCUCAGAAACUAUUUCCUUUUCUAAUACCAAAAGAGCUAAUUUCCUUGAAAUUAUAAAUGUUAAUGCAUUAGGAGUUUCAAUUUGGGGGCAAGAAAAAAAAUCCAAAUAUUCCUUGUGAUCUUUUGUGUGGGCUUUUUAAAAAGCCUUUAGUUGUCAGCAACUUUGGAAUGGAAUGCUGUGACUUUCUUCAUAAAAUGAUGCCAUGUUGUU